UUUAUAUGGAAAACCUAAAAAUCUAAAACCUUUUUGGCUCUUGUUCUUCUUCUUCUAAAACCCCUCUUUUCUCUGCAACUGAAAUUCCACAGCCUCCCAAAUUUUCUCGCGAAUCAAACCAUGAAUUAAUCACAAACCCAACCAUUAAUUUUGGUAUUAUUUCAGAAAGGAGUAAAAUUUGGGGGUAAUUUUGUGUGUAAUCAUGGUGGAAGAGGAAGAGAAAUCAUCUACAGCGAACCCUAAAUUGAAAGAGCCUUCCUCAAAAGGAUCAAUGUGUGAAGAAUGUAAAGUGAAUCCGUGGAAAUAUAAAUGCCCAGGUUGUUUAAUUCGUUCAUGUAGUCUACCAUGUGUUCAAUCACACAAACAAAGAACUUCUUGUACUGGUAAAAGACCUCGUGAUGAAAUCAUUCCAUUGUCGCAAUUUGAUGAUAAUAUUCUCAUCUCUGAUUAUAGAUUCUUAGAAGAAGCUAAACGAGUAGCUGAAUCUGCAAAGAGAACGAGAAAAGCUGUAUUUGGUGAUUCUUUGGGGGAGGUUAAUAAGUUCCCGUAUAAGCUUAAGCAGCUUAGAGAAAAAGCGUGGAAAAGAAACAUAAAACUUGCAUUUCUUCCCAAUGGAAUGUCUAAGAGGGAAAAAAACAAGUCCGAAUACGAUCCAAGCAAGGCAUCCAUUUUUUGGACGAUUGAAUGGCGAUUUCAUUCAACUGAUGUGGUUAUAGUUGACAGCGGAGUAAAUGAAAAUACUAAACUCUGUUCAGUAAUUGAGGAGCAUCUGAAGCUUGGUCCUUGGAAUAAUAAGCUGAGGCCAUUCUGCGAGGAGCCAUUAGAUCGUCUCAAAUUCUUCAUUCGCAAAGAUGUAAAGCAUCGCAAGUCUCCAUAUCGCGAAUUGGACAUAAAAUCUUCAAUAUCCCAACAGUUAGCCCAUACAUUCAUUGUGGAGUAUCCUGUGAUUUACGUAUAUCUUCCUUCUGCCAGCGAUGAUUUAUGGGUCAUUAAAGAUGCAGCUCCUCCCGCUUACAAGUCGACUGAAACUAAUUCCCCGAUGCGUAAAUGUGUUACCUUUAAGGAAGAAGAACCGAAGGGAGAAGAGGACCCACGGAUAUUAGAUCCUUUAAAGUGUGUAAAUGCAGAAUCAAUGUUGAGAGGGGAAACAGAAGAUACUGAUGAAUUCUUCUUGUCCAAUAUUGAGGAUUUGGAACUCCCAGAAAAUUCCGGUUUUAAUUUCGAACAAGAUCUUAGAGAUGCUUACCCAGGGCUUAUUGGAGAAAUAAAUCCCGAUGACUUUCUUGAUCUUGAUGGUGAGUUUCUGCAAGGUUUUAGUGACUUUCUUGAUCUUGAUGGUGAGGUUCUGCAAGGUUUUAGUGACGAAGAAUUGGAAGAAGGUGAGAUUCCUGUGUGAUGCGAGUGCAGUUUUCAAGAGGGGUGUAUCUGUCGGAAAUCCUUUGUUAUUUUUUAUGUUGUACCAUAGAUGCACUAUCUAAGUUGAGUGUGCAUCUCCUCUAAAGUCGAAUGCCCUGGCAUAUAUUAUCUUCCUGUUAGUCAUUUCUUUCCUUUUAGUCACUUCUUUUUUGUGUCAGUAAGUGCCCAGUUGCAGGUUUGAUGUCAAAACUUCCCCUGAAGCUGAAAUAGCCUCUCAUAUGGAGCUAAAUCAGCUAUGAAAUUCAAACUAUAGCCAUUGAGUGAAAGAAAUUUAUCAUUUAUAUUAUAAACAUUACAAAAACACUAACUGAAA